AUCCAAAUGAUUGACAAAGUAAAAGCAAGCGUCUCUCGACAGAAAAGCGCCACCUACUCAAGUUAUUUUCAGUGUUGACAAAAUUUCUCUGAAAAUUGUUGAAACUAUGUUUGAUUGAUCAUAUUAUGAACGGAAGAGAUGUUAUAGAAUCUUUACAGGACUUAAUCACUAUGGAACUACGUGAGGAGAGAAAUAUUGCUGUAAAUGGCUGGCAUAGACGCCGUAUGGCGAGAAUACGAGAUGUUGUAGGACCAGCCCCUAGAGACUUGCCACGACAAGUGAGAUAUGAAAGAAUUACAGUGGAUGAUGACCACCUUAGUUUUGCUACAAAUGAACUAAACAAAGUUGGGCUCUAUGUAGCCGCAAAGCCACUGUCACCAGAAAACUAUUACUUUGAGAUUGAAAUAGUGGAUACAGGGCUAAUUUCUGCCAUUGGUAUAGGCCUUGUACCAUAUAAAUAUCCUAUGGAUUCCCAGCCAGGAUGGAGAGCUUUCUCUGUAGGCUACCAUGCUGAUGAUGGACAAUUAUUUAAGGCAAGUGGAUUUGGUCGACCUUUUGGUCCUAAGUGUAAUAUAGGGGACAAGAUGGGUUGUGGUAUUAAGUUCAAGAGGAAUGAAGAUGAGAGGCCUCAACCUGAACAAGCUGUCCAAGUGUUCUUUACGAGAAAUGGUCAAGAGGUUGGCACAGUAACGGUACCUAAUCCACCAGGUGGUUUGUACCCGGCUGUCGGUAUGCAUUCAGACGGUGAGGAGGUGAGGUUAAACCUGGAUGCUGACUGGCAGUAUGAGGAGUUGGUACAUAUGGCUGUCGACAGUGGGGAAGAAGAAUGGUCCAGAUUACAUGAUGUUAAAUUAAAUGGAAUGACAUUGGAGUAUUCUGGUCGAGGGAAAAGUAUUCACGACGUAGGCCUGGCUCAGGCUAAACAUCCAUUAGAUACAAUGAAUCAUUACUUUGAAAUAGAAAUUAUAGACCCUGGUGAAAGCUGUUAUAUAGCUAUAGGUGUAGCAAGAAGGAAUUAUCCAAAAGACAGACAUCCUGGUUGGAACAAAGGCUCUAUAGCAUAUCAUGCAGAUGAUGGUAAAAUUUUUGUAGGGUCUGGAAUUGGAGAUCCUUUUGGGCCAAGAUGUCAUAAAGGUGACUUGAUGGGAUGUGGUAUCAUGUUUCCACCUGAUUAUGACAGCGAGGUAGACAGUGAUUUAUCACCGGAUGAAAACGAGAGUCCCGACUUCCAGGAGGAGCCAUAUCAUUCGUCAGAUUCUGAAGAGGAGGAGUUUUGGGGCGGGAAUAAAGAUUUUGAAACUGGAACAAAAGUGCAAAUAUUUUUCACAAGAAAUGGAAAAAUUAUAGGAUAUAAACAAAUAAGUAUACCAAAAGGUGGAUUCUAUCCAACUGUAGGAAUGUUAAGUAGUUGUGAAAAAGUGCGAGUUGAUCUACGCCCACUGACUGGAUAGACACACCUCCUUUUACAGGAUAGACCUGCCCCCUUUUUUAAUUAUGAUGAACUGUUUUGACCAAUUUCUCCAGGUUUAUUAUCAAUUUUAAUUGAACAAAUAUUUUUAUGUGCAUUUGCACAUUUUGCAAUACAUUAAUGUAUAUUAAAUAUUGUCAAAUUGUUUCAUUUGACACAUUCUGUUUGAAUGGAGAAUAGUCAGAAUACGCAAUGUUUUAUGUUUUUUCUUGCAAAGAUUUUUUUCCUGCCAAAAGUAAUUUUUGUAUGUUCAUAUCUAUACUGUUUAUUGGACUUUGACAUAUAUUUAGGUUGGUUAAUAUUUUGAUUUAUGAGCUCAGAUAAGUUCAAAGAUGCUUUUAUGAACCUAAAGGCACAUUUUAAGUCUUGAAAAUGAAUAAAUUUUCUGUCUUUGUAAAGGGCACACACGUUUUUAUAAUGUCGUAAUAAUGGAUUUAGAAUAUGUAAGAUGCUUGUCACCCAAAGAAUUUAGCACUUAAUUGGAAUAAAAGUAGCAAAAUGUAAACAAAGUGAUAUUUUGUUGUCCAUACAAAAUACUAAAUUAAUAGCCAAAACACAUUAGAAGCAAAAGUUGAAACAGGUGUAUAGCCAAUGAGUAACUUUUUCGGAACUGCAACAGCACACCAAAUAAAAUAGCUUCCAAAAAAUAAAGAUAAUAUCAUAUUUUAGCCUGUAAUGACUUAAAAAAAAAUGUAAUGAAACUUUUCACCUUGUUUAGAGAAGGCUUAUGAUUUAAUCACUAAAAAUUGCAUUAGCUUCAACUAGUGUAGUGAUUUUAUGUCAUUUUAUUGUUUUUGUUUUGUUAUUUGUAAUUAUCAAGUUUAAGUAUGAUGUGUUUAAGCAUAAAGACCUUUAUGUUGUUGUUUUUUUAAAGCUAUGAGUUUGAUUUGUUUUGGGACAUAUGGCACUGAGUCCUUAAACACUGGAGGGAUUGGUCUUUACUUUUCAUCAGUACCACAUGGUUCCAAAUUGGCAUACACUGUGAUUAUUGUUAAUGUAUAGUUUUCAUAUUUUAUAUAUGACUUCAAGUGAACAGUCAUUUUUAGAAUAUUUGUGUAACAUUGAUAAUUACUUUGUUAAUUGACUUUUUAUGAUACAGAAUAUAUUUUUAAAAGAUUUUUUUCCCCAACAAUCAAAUGUUAAUUAAUUGAGAUAUGGUUUUAUAUGUUACGUAAAGUAAUAAAUUGGUAAAAUCCAUGAAGUAUGGAGAAAAGAAUAAUGAAAAUCCUGUUUUAGAUUAAAAUUGAAUUGCAGACUUCUUAGAAAUACCAUAUAUUAUCAAAAUUUAAAGAAGUGUUGCAUAAGAAAACCUUUAUUUAUCACCAGUUUACGGUAAUAGUGGCCGCCAACCCAUGUAGAAUAUGGGAACUUCAAAUUCCUGCCAUUUCCAUGUUAUGAAGGGCCAGGGCUGCAAUUGACUGGGGUGUAAGAAAAGCAAGGUGGUUAUUGUUUGAUAAUCAAUUUAAAACUCAAGGAAAUUUUUUUUUAUAUAAGCAUUGAUUAUUGUAUGAAAUUAUUAAGGGGGAAAAAAGGAAAAGUUUAUAUUUAAGCUUUUGAACUAAUAUUUUAUGUUUCAUUGAAUGAAAUAUUUUUUAUUCCACUGAGACUACGAAAGAACUUUAAAUUUGCCAGAAGAAAAUAUUUUGUUGUUCUAUUUGGCUAUGUUUGGGUAUUUUAACAUUUUUAUAUGGACAUUUUAUAUGUCAUAAUGGUGUUUUUUUUGUGUUCCAAGUGAGGCAAAUUAUUCCUGUUAGCUGUCAGUUUAUUUUCUAUUUAAAUAAAGGGCCUAGUUAAACUUCCACAUCACAUUCUAGUUUUCUUUAGAUGUUUACAUAUACUUAUAUAUAAAUCUAAAACAGGGUUUUCAUGAUCUUCUCACCUCUUUACUGUAUCCUGAAAUUGAACUAUUUCUUGGGAAAGGAAUCAUACCUCUAUAUUAAUUGCUAGAGACUGAACCUUUCUUUCCUAAAAUGUCCUUUAUUAUAAAUAGAUACCUGGCUUUGCUUUUGUUGUUGUUUUAAAAAGAAAAUAAAAACAUUGAGAAUAAUUUAUAUUUCAUUUGUCAUGUGUAAAUAUAUUCUUUAUUUAAGACUUUAUUUAGAGUAUUAUCAUAUUUACUGCUUAAGGAGUUUGCAUGCAAACUUCGAGAUAAUGAAAUAACUGUAAAAUAUAAGCUGAACAAUUUAUUUUGUGUAUGAUGCAUUUGCUAAUUAAAUCUGUUAUGAUUUGAUGUAUAUCUACUAAUUCCAUGGUUGGAUUUAAAGGAAUUAAACCUGUAUUAAUUACUUUUGUUAUGGAGAAAAACUAUUUUAAAUGUGAUUACUGAUUUUUUGUUGAUUUUUAGCUUGUCUGUUUCGAAGAAAAAGUCUAGCUUUUAUGGUUGCUGUGUCGUCUUUUGCAAAAACUUUAAUGUAGACCAUUAUUCAAAGAUUUCAAAAGGUUUCAACAUGAAACUUGGACUACUUGCUUAUUGCAUUUGUUAAACAAGGGGCAAAAUUCUGAAAGCAGAAUUUUUGGAGUUAUGCCCCUUAGAAUUUUUAAUAGACGAGCGUUUACAUUGUUUUGAGGUUUAAGUAUAAUGAACAGUUCUUACCUUGAAGACAAUAAAGGCAUCUCCAUUGAUGAAAAAUUUGUUUCACCAUUUUGUUUUCCAUUAUAAAUAGUUAAAGGAAUUAGGUACAUUCAUACUUAUUCCAGUUAAAUUCAGACAAGUUUAAUUCAGACAUUUUCCAGUUGAAUUUUCUCACUUGAAUUUGUACUUGAAUGUGUGUGUGAAUUCAACUUGAAUGCAGGCGUAUUCAACUUGACUUCACACACGCUAAAAUUCACGCAUGCUGAAUCUUCUAGUCUAAAUGUAUAACAAGUUGAAUUGAGUGUGAUUUGCCUAAAGUCAUGGUAUACAGAAAUACUAUUUAGUUGGUGACAGUGUAGGAAGAAAUUGUAAAUUCAUUGAGAGUGUUUGAAAAACAUUUAGGUUAGUUACAGUGUUUGAAGAACGAUAAUUGUAGUGACAAAUUUUGAAAAAUGAUAUUUUAAUAAAAUGACGGAUUCACUGACAAUGUUUGAAAAAUAAAAAAUUCAAAAUGACAUUGUUUGAAAAUAAAUAAAUCAGUAACUUUUUUUGAGAACCAUUUUGUUUAAAAAAAAAAUGCAGACUUAUAAAAAUGAAAAUUAUAUCUAUAAAAUUGUUUUCAUUUACUCAAAGCAGAAACAUAAGUGAAGGCAUGGCCUAGUGGUUAAUGCUCGGGACUAGAAAUCUAAUGAUCACUAACCGCAUGGGUUCAAACCCUGUCAGGGGCAAGUCAUUGUUUCCUUGAAACUUUACACUCAUUGCUCAGUACUGGUUGGUUCCAGGAACGGAUUAGAAAGUGUGUCUAUAAGCUUAUAGCGUCCUACACAAUCAAACUAAGAUAAAUUCUGUAUAAACCAAAACAGAAACAUAAAUAACAAUUUACAAAGUAUAAUCUAUUCUAAGUUACACAAAGUUUCAAAGUUUUUAUUAUGAUAUAGAUAUAUAGAUAUAUUCACCUCAAUGUAAGUAAUGUAACUGCAUGAAUAUUAAGUUAAGCUGACAAAAAGGAGAAUCUUAAUUGAAAAAAAAAAGAAAGAAAGAAAUAUAAAAUAUUUUUUCAGAGAUUUUGUUUGUUGUACAUUUAUAAACAGAUAUUGUAUUUUAAUCAUAAAUGCAAAAUAUUUUUGAACCUGAAGUCAAAACUAGAAAUAAGCAUGCCUCCUCAUUUUUGUAACUCUGUUAAGCUAAACUUAAGUACAUGUAUGAAUUUAUUUUUUGUGCUAUAUUGCCAUGAGUGUGACAAAAUAUACUUGUGCUUUUCAUCAUGGAUUUUGGUAAUUAUGUUUGAAUUUAUUUAUUUUGGAAAGGGAACUUUUUAUGACUAGUCAAUUACAAGUUGUAGAUUUUCUGAUUUUCAAAUACAUGUAAAACUUUUAAUCUAUAAUUAAGGAAUCUGAAGUACUUUAAUGUAAUUGAUUUGCUGAGCUCUGCUAAGAAUUUGCAACAGUCCAAUCAGAAAAAGGGAUUUCAAUAUUAAAAAAGAAGUAAUAAUAAUAUAGUAUAGAGCCUGGUCAGACUGCACAAAUGUGGUGGAGCCUUAUCUUUUUCAGAUUCGGCAGGUUAUGGGUUUUUAGAAUGUCAGUUCUGUUUAUAUAUAUGUUAAAAUGUUUUAUUUAGAUAUAUAAUUCUGUCAAUUAGGAUGAACCAAACUUGCCAAAAGUUAGUGUUUUGAUUAUUUGCUCUGUAGCAAGAAUCACGGAAAGUCAUUGCUUGAGAGUUUUACAAAUGUUUUGGAGGUUAUACUUCCAGGAAAAUAUCAAAAUCCAUAAUUCUAGCAUUGAUUUUAAUUUGAAUAUAUCCACUUUUAGAAAAUGAAAAACCAGCAUUGCUGAUAUUUUAGUGUGACAUCAAAUGUUUCUUUUCAGAAGCAUAAUUUAAUAAGGAAGAUGGUUCUUUAAAUAUGGAGGAACGCCUCAUUUUACAUACAUACAUUCUUUGUUGCAGAAGUGUAAUGAUACAGUAUUUUAAUGACAAAGCCACUUUGUUAUUGUAUUUUGUUAUGUUGUUAUUAUAUGUUUUAUAUUGAUUGUUGUUGUGUUGUUUUUUUCUAGAAAUUUCAUUUUAGAUAUGUGCAAGCUUACAAAAUGCAUAGUAUGCUGUUGAAAUGUGUAAACAUUUGUAUUUUGACAUAUAAAAUAAGCGAUGUUUAUUUUAUUCUUAUGUCAUAACAAAACCAACAUAAUGGGUUUGCGACCGGCAUGGAUCCAGACCAGCCUGCACAUCUGGGCAGUCUGAUCAGGAACCAUGCUGUGCACUAUCAGUUUAUCUACUUGUAAUAGGGUUAGUUAGCGAACAGCAUGGAUCCUGAUCAGACUGCGCGAAUGCACAGGCUGGUCUGGAUCCAUGCUGGUUGCAAACACACUAUGUUGGUUUUGUCGUGACGCGGUUUAUUUUAUUCCUAUGUCAUAAUGGCAAAUCAAAUCAAAUGAUAAUGAAAUUUAUUUCUUUGGGUUUUUCUUCCAGCUCUUUUCUGAUAUUGAUUAAUAUUUGCCUCAAUUUUGAUGCGUUUGCUUGAUAAAGUACUUGUUGAAAAAUGCAUUUUUGUUGCCUUAAUUGCAUUUAAAUCUACCAAAUUUAAUGAGAAAGGUUUCUAUUUGAUAUGUGUAUGAUGUAUCUUGUAUUAAUGGGUUCUGUGGCAAGUUUUUAAGUCACAAGCUCAUUUCUUUUAUAGAAAAUUUUGAUUGAAAGUCAUAUUUUGUAUACCGACAAUUGAAAUUAUAAAUGUUACUAAAAGGUAAAGUAAAACACCAAAACUGUUAAGGUAAAAUACCAUAUAAUGCAAGAUAGGUUAAAUAUCAUAAACUUCAUUUUACAGAAUGUUUAAAUAGUUUAUUGGUAUUAAAAUAUGUGGAAAUUAUAAUAUUAUUAUAAUCUUGCUUGACUUCAUCAGGGAUUUUAAAUCUGUGACUUCAUUGAAAGGAAAGAAACAAAUUUAGCAUACAUGUUCAUUUAUUUUUAUUAUAAUAAUUGUAAAAAUACAGUUUGAUUCUCCAAUGCUGAAUAUGAAGCUACUUAUAAAGAUUUAUUUUACUCAAUCUGCAUUUUUUGAAUUUUUCAUAGAUAAAUAUGAUGGUAUACAUUAAUGUCAUAAAUUAAUAUGAUGUCAUAAAUUGGUAUGUACAUGCACAUGAUUACACAUACACAUAUUAAAUGGUAACCAAUUAAAAAUUUUUGAUAAAAAUAUGAGAUAUUUUUGAUGUACUUGUAAGAAUGCUCAUCAGAGAAUCUGACAUAAAUAAAAUACAUAAUAUAUAA